UCUACUUACCCUCUGCGUAAGUUACACGCCACUGUUAUCAGUUUUACACAGCAUAUAAUCAAUAGUUUGAGGCAUGAGCUUGAUGAACUUUAAAGCAUAUGGUCGGUAUGUCACAUCUUAUUUUAAUGAAAAUAUUUGUCCAUGCUGUGAAAAGAUUCGGGACAUUCGUUUAAAACUCCAUAUGGCAGAAACAAAAAUUUACGUGACUAUGUAAUUAAAAAAAAAGUUUUUCUUGUAUGUAAGUUACCAUAUUCAGAAUUCGAAAAAAGGCAUUUAUAUGAAGUUCGAUAUAUUCCGAAGAAUUUUUUCGAAUUCCAACAAAAUAGAAUUCGAAAUGGAUAAUUACCCAGGUAUGACUCUGAAUAACGAAGUUAGAGAGAGUGUGAGCGUCGAAGAAGAUGACUUGAGCGACGUAGAAGAUGAGGUAUUCAUUAGGGAUGGAAAAAAUAGUUACAAGACAGCUGAAGAAAUCUACGUCAAAAGGCCCCUGAUGGCCCCUAGAAGAAAAACUGCUAGGCCAAAUCUUGCGAGAAAAAUGAGGAAUAAGCCCCCAUGUAGGGCGUUCUGUAGACCUUGUUGUUACUUUUUAGGAGCUCUGAGCGUACUUAUAGGACUCAUAGUUCUUGUGAUAAUAUUAGUGUCCAUAUUUCCAUUGCCGUUGGACAGGAUACACAACUGGAUAGUAUCCAAAUUCACGGCUACUGAUCCUAAUGGUCCAUUCGUCAAAUUGCUGCCCUGUAGCGACUAUAAAAUUAGUGAUGUGUGGACUGUUAAUUUGCCGAAACUAACAACGGAUUCUCCCAUAUAUUUAUUAGACGUCGACAGUGAUGGGGUGAAUGAUGUUUUGUUUGGAUUUGGUACAGGAGACAACUAUGACAUAAUUCCGCCAGACAUAUUCUGUUCCAUUUUCAUGGGAGUUUCUCCCCCAUGCGAAGGGGGUAUAAUCGCCCUGAAUGGAGUGACAGGGGAAAUUUUGUGGAGGUACUGGACAAACGAUACGAUCUAUUCGAUACACUGUUCAGAAGACGUAAACAAAGACGGACUCAACGACUGUCUUCUGUUCGGAACUAAAGGGACAAUCAGUUUGAUAGAUACUAGGAACGGCACCGCUUUAUGGAAAAUCAAUCAUAACACAGAGGAAGAUAUAAUAACUGGAAGCUUUAUUGAAGACCAAAAUAAUGAUACAAUAGCUGAUAUUUUGGCUGUACAUACGAAUAUGUUAGAAAACGAGGGCAAUAUGAUAUUGUUAUCUGGAAAGAAUGGAGAUACUAUAUCAAAAAUUCCCAUUGGUGGAAAAUCCUUCUACAUGCCCCAGAUCCUUCACAACAGCCCGGGAAAGGAUUUCAUAAUUUUAGGUAAUGGAGGACCAUCAACUUCCGGAAAUUUGAGUGCAAUUGUCCUUGAUCCACAUCUCUUUUCUUCGGCAUCAAAUAAAAACUUCACAUUAUACCAAGACCCCAACAAUGGCGUUUUCAUACAAUCGGUUCUGGUGGACUUAAAUGGAGACAAUGUUCCAGACAUUGUAUCUGCCAUGUACAAUUCGACAGUUGUGGCUAUCGAUGGAAGAAACUUCUCUCAAAUUUGGAAUUUCACGGUACCUAAUGCUUCGACAAACACUGUUCCAACACCAUGCUUCUUCAAUUUCGACAAUGUUACGGAUUUCUUGGUCAUCUACGAGACGUAUGACGUUAUACUCAAGUAUAAUUAUACGCAGACCUUUAUCCUGAGUGGUGCAACUGGAAAACCAAUUUAUCAAAAACCGAUCAGUGACAGUAUUGGCACCCAAAUAGGAGGAAUUUCCCUGAGUAUGGAGUCCUAUGGAUAUGAUAUAUUCCUUUUCUGGACUUCAGAAUGCAGAAGUAUCGACAUAUACAAAAAAUUAGAUGUACCUGUUAAAGGAAUAAAUGUACAUCCCCUGUUUGAGAAUUGUCACCACCAAGAAAACACGACAGUUGUGUUAAAACUUAAUAUGUUGAAUCAGUUCGAUCAGCCACCUGGUGUGGAGAUAUACAACUCGAUGAAUCGCAGCAUUUUGGAAUUCAAUAGUACGAAAUCCCCGAUGCAAAUCAUCAAAGAAUACUUCAAUAAUCACCCCAAACUGAGCCCAAGGAUGAGGGGCCAGGAGGAAAUCGGAGAGGGCUAUGACAACAACAAUGCAGGAAAGAUCGGGAUCCAUAAAUAUGGCAACUCGAACUUCAGGCAUAAGGACAACAGAAAAGGACUCCUCAAGGACUUUUCCACCGGCGAUAGCUUCGGAAAUUAUCAGGAUAUGCAAGACCACCCAAAACCGUACAAUCCUUAUUACGAACCUGGACUGAACACACCAGACGAAAUCGAAGAUUAUAGUACAGGCGAAGAAGUUAACAAGGAAAGAAACCUCGUUAUGAAAAAUCCAAAAAGAAUAUCCAAUAGAGACCCGCGUAGCAAACCAAGUCCGAAGAAAGAAGAUGAAGAGAUGAAAACGCCGAACACAGAUAAAACCAGUGAAGGGGUGAAAACCGGUAGCAUUUACGACUAUAAAAACGUCCGACUGGCAAGAAGCAGACUCCUGCACGAUCUGAGUAAUUCUCCAGACGAGAUACUCAGCGACAUCUUCUACAAGAACCUGGAAAACAGGCUCAGAACCUCUAAAUUCGAGCAGAGGGACUUGAGCGCCCACAGAAACAAAAAAGCGGAAGAGGAGAGCAUAAGUUCGUUCAUAGAGGAGCACAAGAAGAUGCAGAAGAACGCCACGUUAAACUUAUGGAACUUAGAGUCAGAAAAGGAAGAGACCGAGAGGAGAAAUAAUUAUUGGAGGAGUAGCAGGAGGAAGAGGGAUAUUGGUAAGAUGGUCUAUGGUAGUUUGAGGAAAGUAACUUCAGUUGCGGCCAUCACUGAAUCUCUGCAGAAGACGAAUGGAACGAAUUCUAUAGAUGUUAUCUUCCUGACAUAUUGGCAACCGACCAAAUACGAGCCCAGGAAAAAUUUGGAAGAAGAACUAGCCGAGUGCGUGGAAGAAAAGUUAGCUACAGAAGGACAACGGCAUCAUAAUCACAAAACCACAGAGGAAGAGAAGAGAAACCUCUUCUUCAACGAGUGCGUGCUGGAACAGAGCAAUUUCAAGGGGGAUUUCCCUUACUUCAACGACAUUUACAAACUGAAUCUUGGUCAGAUGACAGUUUACAGACUGAGGAUAGAAUGCCAAUGCAACCUCGUGAAACGUAACGAGAAAUGUGCCAAAUUUUUACCGGAAUCCGAUCAGAGUUGGCCGUCGUACUUGGGUAGAAGGGGCGAUGGCACUUUUUUUGUGAGGAAUCGAAGUAAUCCGAAAUGAUUUUGAUCAAUAACUAUUCCACCGAAAUAUAUUUUCAUUCUGUCUUGGGCCGAAAGCAAGAAGAUGAUAAAGGCGGAAUGAUCUUCCACAAUAUAGCCUAUUUCGCGAAUUCGACGGUUGUUAUGUUCUCGAAUAUUCAUGAGAAAAUUUUGAUUUUGAUUAACGAUGGGUUUAAUGUUUCAACUCUUCUAGGUUUUCUAUAGUUAAAUUCCCAGAAGCUCGCUCAGAAACUUGUGACAGUAGGGUGUUAUGGUAAAGAUUCAUGCCCGAUUCCUUACUUU